AUGGAGGUGCAAGAUCCCCUGGAAGAGGUAAAUUUAGGUUCCAUUGAAAAUCCCAGAAUAACUUUCAUUAGUAGUUUGUUGAGCAAAGAUUUGAAAGAACAGGUGAAAGUAGUUCUGUUGGAAUUUAAAGAUUGUUUCGCAUGGAGUUAUGAGGAGAUGCCUGGCUUGAGUAGAGAUCUGGUGGAACAUCGCCUACCGAUCAAACCUAAAUUCAAGCCGCAUCGUCAACCACCCAGGAGAAUGUCAAAAGAGGUGGAGCUAAAAGUCAAAGAAGAAAUUGAAAAGUUGACUAAGGCCAAUUUUAUCAGAACAGUGAGAUAUACUGAUUGGCUGGCAAAUGUAGUACCUGUGGUAAAGAAAAAUGGUAAGCUUAGAAUUUGCAUUGAUUUUCGAAAUUUAAAUGCUGCUACACCUAAAGAUAUGUAUGUUAUGUCUAUAGCCGACUGUUUAAUUGAUGCAACGGCUGAUCAUGAAUUGUUAUCAUUUAUGGAUGGAUAUUCUGGGUAUAACCAAAUUUUUAUCGCAGAGAAUGAUACCUGGAAGACAGCAUUUAGAUGUCCAGGUGCAAUUGGAACCUUUGAGUGGGUGGUCAUGCCCUUCGGCUUGAAAAAUGCCGGAGCUACCUACCAAAGAGCAAUGAAUGCCAUCUUUCAUGAUAUGAUUGGCAGGAACUUGGAGGUAUACAUUGAUGAUAUCGUUGUGAAAUCUAAAAGAGCUAAAGAUCAUGUGGCUCAUUUGAGAAAUGCUUUUCAAAAGAUGAGAACACAUAAUUUAAAGCUAAAUCCUCUCAAAUGUGCUUUUGGAGUGCAGGCUGGAAACUUUUUAGGAUUUUUGGUUCACCAACGUGGAGUGGAGAUUGAUAAAAAUAAAGCCAAAGCAAUCCUAGAAGUUCAGCCGCCUCGUAAUAAAAAGGAAUUACAGAGGUUCCUUGGUCAGUUAAAUUAUUUAAGAAGAUUUAUUUCUAAUUUAGCUGGAAAGACCAAAGAAUUUUCUAACCUUUUGAGAUUAAAAAAUGCUACUGAGUUUAUAUGGGAAAAACAACAUGAACAAGCUUUUGAAAAAAUUAAAGAAUAUCUGUCAAAACCUCCUGUGUUAAUGCCUCCUAAGGAAGGUAUUCCUUUGAAAUUAUAUAUUUCAGCCGCUACAGAAUCUAUUGGUUGUUUACUGGCACAAAACAAUCAAUCAGGUCAUGAGCAGGCUGUUUACUAUUUAAGUAGGUCUCUAGUACCUACAGAGGUUAGAUAUUCUCCCAUAGAAAAACUUUGUCUAGCAUUAUAUUUCUCUUAUGUAAAAUUGAGGCAUUAUCUAGUACGGUCAAGAGUUUACAUAAUUUCUCAGACGGAUAUUGUAAAAUACAUGUUGAAUAAGCCAGUGUUAAGUGGUAGGAUAGGUAAGUGGUUGCUUGCUUUAUGUGAAUUUACACUAAUCUAUUGCCCUCAGAAAUCUGUGAAGGGACAGGCACUGGCAGAUUUUAUAGCCGAUCAUCCCACAAGUGAGACUUUGCGAGAAGGAGACCUAGAGGUUUACGCAGUGGAAGAAAGUGUAUGGGAAUUCAAGUUUGAUGGUUCAUCAACGGAAAGAUCGGCUGGAGCAGGAAUCAUUAUCACAUCUCCUACAGGCGCCAAGCCGGCUUUAUCCUUUAAGCUGGACUUUGAGUGUACCAACAACCAGGCGGAAUACGAGGCUCUUGUGAUUGGUCUGGAGAUUCUACAAACGCUUAGAGCCAAAAAUGUGAUCAUAAUGGGUGAUUCUCAACUUGUUUUGAAGCAAUUAUCAGGGGAGUAUAAUUGCAAUAGUUUAUCUCUAGCACCUUACUAUACUGCCUCAAUUCAGUUGCUUAAUUGCUUUGAUGAGGUAUCUUUUGUGCAUGUUCCCAGGGAAUCUAACUGGGAAGCUGAUGAACUAGCUCAAAUUGCUUCUGGUCUAAGAAUGUCAGGAGAAUUAACCCACAAGUUUUUAGUGGUUGAGAAAAGACGUCAUCCAUCAAUUCAAGAAAGAGGAAUCCAAAUAGAGAUUUUUGAUAUUGGAGUCACCACGGCGAUUGAUUGGCGUUAUGACAUCAGAAGAUAUUUGGAGAAUCCUGGAAUGAGAAUGCCGCACAGGGUGAGAGUGCAGGCCACCAAUUAUGUCUUGAUGGAAGAUGAGCUAUACAGAAAAGGGUUUGACGGCGUCUUGCUAAGAUGUCUUUCUCACCCAGAAUCUCUUGAAGUGAUGAGGCAGGUCCAUGAAGGAGUAUGUGGAGCGCACCAAGCUGGAACUAAGAUGAGGUGGCUGGUCAGGAGAUAUGGUUAUUUCUGGCCAUCAAUCUUGAAAGAUUGUAUCAAGUAUGCCAAAGGAUGUCGACAAUACCAGAAGUAUAAUAACAUCCAAAGAGUUCCAGCGGAUGAUUUACAUUCCCUCGUCAAACCUUGGCCAUUCAGAGGUUGGGCCAUCGAUCUCAUAGGAAAGAUUUAUCCUGCUUCUUCAAAAGGGCAUAGUUUCAUUGUGUUAGCCACAGAUUUUUUCACAAAAUGGGUGGUGGCUAAACCUUUGAAAAAUACUGGUCAAGAGGAUAUAAUUAAAUUCAUCAAGGAAGAAAUUAUUCACCAGUUUGGGAUUCCUCAGUCAAUUACCUCUGACCAAGGUACUAUGUUCACAGGGUAA